GUUGCAGCUGCGGCGGCGGCGCUCACACCGCAGCCUCCCGGAGCCCGGAGUCCCGGCGGGGCAGCAGCAGGGAGCGCGCGCCCGUCCAGCCACCGCACCUCGGCCCAGCCAAGCCGCCGCCGCCGCCGCGCCCGGGGACCGCCAGCCAUGGCCGCGCCGCCGUAUCCCCAGGAAGAGCCGCUGCCGCCGGCCGGCCCCGGGUCCCAGUGGUUCGGGGACCGGGGAGAGGGGGAGGACGAAGCGGUGACGCCGAAAGUGGCCAAGCCGGCGCCGCAGGCGGGGGAGUCCAUCCCGGGGUUGGGCGCCGGGGCCGGGGAAGCGGCGCCGGCAGAACCGGGCUCGAGCCCCGCCUGGUCGCCGCCCGUUGCCAUGGAAACUGCAUCCACAGGGGUGGCAGAUGUCUCCCAUGCUAUGGAUCAUCCCUGUUCAACGGCAUCAAAAGAUGGGGAAGGAGCAUGUUACACGUCUCUGAUUUCCGACGUCUGUUACCCACCUCAGGAGGAUUCUACAUAUUUCACUGGAAUUCUUCAGAAGGAAAAUGGCCACAUCACCGCAUCAGAGAGUCCCGAGGAGCUGAGCACCCCCGGACCCUCCUUAGCAGACAUGCCUGGGACAGAGCCUCACGGCUUAUUUAGUUCUGAUUCCGGAAUAGAGAUGACUCCUGCAGAGCCCACCGAAGUGAACAAGAUCUUAGCGGACCCCCUGGACCAGAUGAAAGCAGAAGCUUACAAAUACAUGGACAUAACUGGGCCAGGAGAGGUGAACUCUCAGGAGCAACCUCACCCCAAGUUGCAAGAGAAAGACUUGGACUUUAAGAAUAUGGACACUGAAGUCUCAACCAAAUCUGAAAAGGUCCAUGAACCAGCCCCUGUGGAGGGAAAAAUCCUCAAGGACCAUUUAUUUGAAGAAUCAACCUUUGCUCCUUAUAUAGAUGAUCUCUCCGAAGAGCACCACAGGGCCUCCCUGGUCGCUGCCCCCGUCAAAAUCACGCUGACAGAGACGGAGCCUCCUGUUGAAACUGCUACCCAAGAGGUGAGCCCUGAGAAGCAAGAUACCUGUCUGAAACCGAGUCCUGACACAGUGCCCACUGUCACUGUCUCAGAGCCCGAAGAUGACAGCCCGGGCUCCAUCACUCCUCCAUCUUCUGCGACAGAACCAUCUGCUGCAGAAUCUCAUGGGAAAAGCAGCAUCUCGGAGGAUGAGCUGAUUGCUGCCAUUAAAGAAGCAAAGGGCUUAUCAUAUGAAACCGCCGAGAGCCCACGGCCAGCGGGCCAGGUGGCCCACAGGCCCGAGGCCAAGGCCAAGUCUGGGCUGCCCACUAUCCCCAGCCCCCUGGACCACGAGGCCAGCAGUGCAGAGUCAGGGGACUCGGAAAUAGAGCUGGUGUCCGAGGAUCCACUGGCCGCGGAAGAUGCACUGACCUCUGGCUACGUGACCUUCGGCCAUGUGGGUGGCCCGCCACCUUCACCGGCCUCGCCUUCUAUCCAGUACAGCAUCCUGAGGGAGGAGCGCGAGGCUGAGCUGGACAGUGAGCUUAUCAUUGAGUCAUGCGACGCGUCCUCGGCCUCGGAGGAGAGCCCCAAGCGGGAGCAGGACUCACCCCGGCUGAAGCCAGGUGCCCUGGAUGCCAUCCGGGAGGAGCCGGGUGCCCGAGUCGGUGAGCACGCACCCAGCCGGCGAGGCCUGGAUGAGCCAGGCCCCUUUGUUAAGUUCCCCUCGGCUGUCCCCCAAACUGGCCAGGAGCUGCCCUCUGGAGACAGAAACCCAGAGCUGGAGGAGUCCCCAGUGCAGCAGAAACCUGCAGAAGCAGCGAGUUCCCAGGAGAGUCCCGUGGCCACAAGGAGCCCCGGUCCUGACAUCGCACCCCCUCUGCUGUUUUUCAAUAAGCAAAAAGCGAUCGACCUGCUGUACUGGCGGGACAUCAAGCAGACGGGGAUAGUGUUUGGGAGCUGCCUGCUACUGCUCUUCUCCCUGACCCAGUUCAGCGUCGUGAGUGUCGUGGCCUACCUGGCCCUGGCCACACUCUCGGCCACCAUCAGUUUCCGCAUCUACAAGUCUGUUUUGCAAGCUGUGCAGAAAACCGACGAGGGCCACCCUUUCAAGGCCUACCUGGAGCUCGAGAUCACCCUCUCACAGGAGCAGAUCCAGAAGUACACGGACUGCCUACAGUUCUACGUGAACAACACGCUUAAAGAGCUGAGGCGACUCUUCCUCGUCCAGGACCUGGUGGAUUCCUUAAAAUUUGCAGUCCUGAUGUGGCUUCUGACUUACGUUGGCGCUCUCUUCAACGGCCUGACCCUGCUGCUCAUGGCUGUGGUUUCAAUGUUUACUCUACCUGUAGUGUAUGUAAAGCACCAGGCACAGAUUGACCAAUAUCUGGGACUUGUGAGGACUCACAUAAAUGCUGUUGUGGCAAAGAUUCAGGCGAAAAUCCCAGGCGCUAAAAGGCACACUGAGUGAGCUGAUAUCACACUGGGACGGGACACAGACAGGAAUGUCCUGAGCGGUAACAGUUCUGUUCUUACGUGUUCCAGCACAUCGAUUGUUUCUCCCCCCAGUACCAUAAUCUUACAGACAAACGUGAAAACAGCUGUUUUCAGGCUGUUUCUGUACUCUUAGGAUAUUUAAGUCACUUGUGUCAAGCACUAAAGUAGAGAGAAAAGUUUAUUAGAUGUGGUUUUUAGUUUGGUGUCGCUACACAGCAAAGUGCAUGAUGGUGAGAGCCCCAGCU